CAGAAAAGUUCAAGACAGGGAGUGUACAUGCUUACGUAUCUACCAAGGCGUCGUCUUUUAUAUAGUACUGUAAGUUACAGACUUGUUUUUGGAGUAUCGUAUCGUAUAGAGGCACGUGACCACGAUGGCUCAUUGUCGCGUCAAGUACUUUAGCGUAAUAAUGGCCAUCUUCACAGUGUGCCUCGUUUUCUCGUUACCAUGGCGACAGAAGAUAGAGAUAAAGAACGAGGAGGCCGGUUUACAGAUCAUUUUUAAGAAAACGUAAGUCAUUCGUCAUAGAUGGUAUUUAAUCUCAGAAUAACAGCUCAAGUUCUAUUCAUGACACUGGCUGACAAAAUUGACCCAUAUCUGCGAUGUCAGUCCAAAUCACGCCGCGCCGAGUACUUCGCUGCCAAUAUUGACCUUGAGUAGGCGUUGCCGCAAUGCAAUUUAUUCUCGUCAAAGUACAAAGUAACUGUUGUCGCGAAGAUACCUGUAAACAUACCAGGCUCUCCAAUCUUACAAUGGGCGGGAACUACAAAAGGAUUCUUGCUUAAAUCAGACAAUCGCAUCUGAGUUAUGCCAGGACAAGAUCAAAACGAGUGUUUCCCUCGUUGUGAAUGCUCAAAUGUCAGCCGACAAUCUGCAUCCAUUGCAACGAAAACGGCUGUCUUUUACGUCACCAAACUCAUCUUCCAGCUCCGAAUCGCAGGACAACAACAAAGAAUUAAGAUCACGUGGUAGAAACAUCCCCAGUGCAACAAAUACCAAACGCAACCUUUCAUUAGAAAUAUCUACACGAUUUCCUUGGCUGGUGAGGAAAAAUUAUCUCCCUAAUUUCUACACUAAACGCAACGCCUCGCGACAUUCUAAGCAACUAUACCAAGAUGCCUACAUCGCGUUCGUACACAACCAGAAGUCUGGCGGGAGCACGUUAAAAAUGUGUAUGAAAAAUAUGGCGCCCAGUAUCGGGGCGGACGAUCCGUUUAUCAUCUGCGAUGUAAAUGCUGGAAACUAUUACCAAAGCAUGGACACAGCGACUGUGCGGGUAUUUCACAAAUUCUACGCAGGGGGACACACGUUUCGACAAUGUGAUUAUACCACGCAUGCGUGUAGCUAUAUCACAAUUUUAAGGGACCCGUUCGAGAGAGCGAUAUCAUCAUACGAAUAUUGUAAGGUGCGAAAUGAGCUCCACUGCCAAAUACGAGACGCAACGAAAGUCAGUCUGCGUGAAUGGGCCAAGUUUCAAGGGAGUUUCUUCUUUCGCCAAUUGAUUUACAAUCCAGAGUACUGCACGGACAAGUUCGAUGGCGCCAUCGACGCCCUGAGAGUGAAGAAAGGGAUUCCAGAAGCCCCGCGACAAAUUCCGUGUUGGUAUCGGAACGAACUGAUGUUGAGCCAUGCGAUGACGACAGUAGACAAAGCGAAUGUUUUAGAUUACGUGCUAGAAAAUCUCGAAGACUGGUUCGCUAUGAUUGGCAUCAAUUCUGAAUACGAUAUUACCUUGCAACUGCUAGAGGGCGCAUAUCAGUUACCGUUCUCCCAGUGCUCGGGACAAGAGCUGAAUUACAACCCGUACAUAGCCGAAGGUGAAAUACGAACGCACAAACAAAGAAAUGAAAUCGUCGCAGACCUGAGAAAACAACUCUAUUCCGACCCCGAGGUGUUUGAUGCUUUAUAUUAUGACUUAAAGAUUUACCAAAAGGCACAGGAAAUAUUCUUGGAGCAAAAAAGGCUCUUUUUCAACAAAUAACCACCACAUCGGAAUAGCCAGGUACAUUUCAGGCAGACGCCAGGAAUACCCUUUUGUCUCCGACGAAAACUGCACAUAUUUACAACACUUCGCGGCUGUUAAAGAGACUCAACGCUUCAAAAUUCAUUUACACUACGUAUUGCAUAUGGGGGGGGGGUAUAAAGUUCAGUGGCUGGUUUAUCUUACGUAUGCUACUAGUAUGUAACAGUGUCGUCACCGUUAGCGUAAAAGUACUCGCCUCAGUAACUUAUGCAAUACGCGAAACACAGUUAUACAACCCUAAGUCAAACGCAUUCUAUCGGGAAUUUCCGGUGGGCGAAAGCAAUCGAGUACAUAUACCACACUGCAAUUAAAGUGCCUUUACGAUAAAUAACUGGCGUUGAAAUGUUGAAAAGUGAAAGCAAUGUCGUUUUUGCUAUACGGUCAAUCUUAUUUAUCGUCAUCGCUAGAGGGCGCAACCUUUCACAAAGGUCUAUUGCCUUGCAUUAUUUUUCACUGAUAUCCCUCCGCGUAUCAGAUUUACUUCGUCUCUCAUAGAGAAAUACUACAUUACAUCAAUUUUGAUGUGAGAUUUUUUAAUGAAUUCUAUAUUGAAUUUUAUUUACCAAAGAACCUUUUUUAUUGACACAUGGAUUUGCGUAUUUUUUUAACUACGAACAAUAUGAACAAUUAUCUACUGUGUAGAUCAUUAAUAAUCUUAUUUAGCAAUAAAUCUACUAAUAUUUAUCAUU